AUGGGCCUGUCCGCGUCCUCCCCGGCGGCCGCGCCGGCCCCGGGCGCAUCCGGGCAACGCGACGCGGCGGCUGCACCUGCGGAAUGUCCCGUGCAUCAGGAAAAAAGAAGUGGUUGUCCAAUGCACAUGAAGACUCCUGAGCGCAGAACUGAGAACACAGACAAUGUUCCUGCACAUCAAGAAAGAGCAUAUGAAUUUGUAGCCUGUCCAAUGAAUUCUGGUGCUUCUCAAGUGAAAGAUGACAUAGAUCCUAACAACAUGAUGCCUCCUCCUAAUCAGCAGCCAUCCCCAGAUCAACCAUUUCCAUUGUCAACUGUUAGAGAAGAAUCUUCCAUUCCUAGAGCACAUUCUGACAAGAAAUGGGUCUACCCUUCAGAGCAAAUGUUCUGGAAUGCUAUGCUAAGAAAAGGGUGGAGAUGGAAAGAUGAUGACAUAACAAGUGAAGACAUGACCAACAUCAUUAAGAUUCACAACCAAAAUAAUGAGCAAGCUUGGAAAGAAAUUUUGAAAUGGGAAGCUCUUCAUGCUGUGGAGUGCCCAUGUGGACCAUCACUGAUGCGGUUUGGAGGCAAAGCAAAGGAGUAUUCACCAAGAGCCAGAAUACGUUCAUGGAUGGGGUAUGAACUUCCCUUUGACAGGCAUGAUUGGAUUGUUGACCGAUGUGGUAAAGAAGUGCGGUACGUUAUUGAUUACUACGAUGGCGGAGCAGUAGAUAAGAACUACCAGUUCACUGUCCUGGAUGUUCGCCCUGCCUUUGACUCUCUGUCAGCUGUGUGGGACAGAAUGAAGGUAGCCUGGUGGCGGUGGACUUCGUAACUGCUCCUGUGGGGUGCAGUCAAAAAGUAAACCACUUUCCUGCUAGACUAAGGAUAAGUGUAUACUAGGACUUGGAAGUUCACUGCAACUGUCAUUAUUUUCAUCAUCACCACUGUUCUUUGGCAUUGGGGAAUGGGGAAAUCUGUUGUUCAGUACACUGCUGCUUUAUGUUUUU